CAAAUAUAGAGAGUGAAAAUUGAAAAACAAAGGCCGGCGGAUCGGAAUUGGGGCUUUCAACUUCCAUUGUCACCCACAGCUGCCAAGAGACUGAGAUUCGCCAAAGCCGCGGCCGCCGGAGAACAAGGAUAGCUGCAAUGUCGGAGUAUCUUCCAGACGAAGUGGUGCUCGACAUCCUCCAGAGACUACCAGUGAAAUCCAUAGUCCGAUUCAGGUGCGUUUCCAAAUCAUGGAACUCUCUCAUCACAAGCCCUGCCUUCAUCCAUUCACAUCUCAAUCGAUCGAUUCCAAACAACAGCAACACUCUCCCACACCCAAUCUUCAUAGUAAGGUACUGCGUUUCUAAUCCCCAUAAAGAGCUCGAGAGAGAGCGCUACAAAUUGUUUCGCGAUAAUGAAGCAUUCGAGGAGUGUGGCGAAUUCGAUUUGCCAAUAAAAAGCCGCCGUCUUAAAAAUUUUAGGUUAAUUGGUUCUGAAAACGGUAUGAUGUGCCUUGUAGAAGAUGAGCAAUUUAUUCUUUGGAAUCCAUCCAUUCGAAAAGUCGUGAAUCUUCCAGAACCUUGCAUUACGGCCAAAACGUGUGGCAGGAUGCCGUGUAACGAAGCCUUCGGAUUUGAUUUGCGGACCAACGAUUAUAAGAUAGUGAGAAUUUCAUUUCCUUAUUCGUGCAAUGCGAUACGGAUGGAACCUUUGGUUGAAGUUUAUUCUGUUAGCACAGGCUCGUGGAGAAUAAGCAGUGCCACUUUUCCUCCAUCGGCUACUCUUAUUGAUUGGUUCAACCCCAAAGCUUGCUUAAACGGCUCUGUCCAUUUUGCAGGACAUGCUCAAGGGAAUGCGACUAUAUUUUCAUUUGAUCUGCGUGAUGAACUGUUUCGCAAGAUGAUCUUGCCAGAGAGUAUGGUCCCCUUGGACACUGAUAUUGUUACUUGUGUAUUUAAGGAAUCGCUUGCUUUGUUAUGUUAUCAUAAGCAAGCAACGAGAAGGGGUUGUUGUUCCAUAUGGGUGAUGAACGAGUAUGGUGUGGUUGAUUCUUGGGAGCAACAAUUCACUAUUGGUAUAGCAGGAGGAAUUGAGAAUGUGCUAGGUUUCAGGAAGAAUGGUCAUAUAAUAUUGGAGACCCGAAAAAUUGGUUGGCCUGGUUAUUGGGAGCUCUUUUCAUAUGACCCUGAAAGCCAAGAAGCUACAAAUUUGGGAAUGCAUGACCACACAUUUUGGGUUGACACUUACAAGGAGAACCUUGUCUUACUCAACCAAGCAAAUGAUCAAGCAAAUGAUCAAGCAAACGAUCUAGUUUCCGAAAGUAGAGUGACCAAGAAGAGGAAGAAUAGCUGCGACUUGGAGGAGAUGAAAUGGAAAUGCGAGUCGGAGGAGGCUCGGCAAAAACAGUUGUUGAAGGAUAAAUUGGACCGCGAGUUGGAGGAUAUGAAACGGAAAAAUAUGAGAAGGUUCAAAGAAAGAUUGCCAGGCAGAAAAAUUUGAAGGAAAAAGUGGAAUCUAUAGCAAGACAGUUUCAAAUGGAAAUGGAUUCCCCAUAAAGACAGCUGAAGGAAAAUAUGGAAUAUGAAGUUAAGAGAGCUUGAGGAAGAAAUGAAAUAAGAGUUAAAAGAGCUUAUGGAGAAAACGACUUAUGACAGUGUUCCAACAUCAUAGGAACUAAGAUUACAUUUGUUUCUAAACAUUUUUAAUUUUUAGAUUAAUCCAUUUCUUAUAAAAACCGAACAACGUACAUGCGCAUUAAAUGUAAUGAAUAUAAUUUCUUAUGUUGAGUGGCGGUCUUAAUAGUGUGGAACA